CAGCUGAUAGGUUUGCAGCUGUCAAUGCAGCACGCCGCGCUGCACGUUGUACGAGAGAUAAUUAUCAUACUACGGUUUUUAAUGUUGGAUUAACCUUUUUUCGAGUGUUGGAAGGACUUACAUCAUUGUUUGCAAAAUGGACGUUAAUUUCAAAGAUCUGAGCAUGGAGGAACGCACAGAAUUCAUAGAGGAUUUGCGAAGGAAAAGACAUGCUGCCAUGGUGUCAGACACAUUAAAAGUUCUCUCAGCCAGGUCGAUUGCCAAAAACCAUUCUGUCUACUUCGACAGAGUGGAAAACCCCCUGAGAGUAUUGCCCAACACUCUGAUUCAGUACAUUCUGGAAAUGAUCAAGGAGGUCAGACACUCUGCAGAAAGGCUGGUACCAAAAUAUCUGGAGGAAAAGUUUGUGCUCCUGCUUCUGAAUGGCAACCUCACAGAGUUUAAUCCAAAUGAGUUCAACCCAUAUUCUCGCUCUUCAAACGCGGCCUACUACAAACAUAUCGUCGAGAACUGCCCAAACAUGAUCAAAGUCAUAAGAGGCCAGCAGGGAAGAUUUUCAGAUGAAACUUUGGAGCUGCCCUUGGACGACAUUUUCAAGUGGAAGAACAUCAAAUACAUUGGCUUCAAAAUGUGCAUUUGUCGAGACGAGCACCUUCGCCAGCUUCUAGAACACGUCCCAAACCUGGAGGGCAUGGAAAUUACAGUCUCGGGCUCAUUCACAUCGGAAGGUGUUUUGUACCUGUCCCAAAUGAAGAAUCUCAAGCACUUGAAUUUGAGCAUCGCCAAGGAAGAUGAGGACAUUGAAUUUGACUCUGAGAUCCUAGUUCAAUGUGCAGGAUCUAUUCCGAGUCUGCAGUCGUUUCAGUUUUCGGAUUCGAUCUAUGGACCGUCAAGAAGCAUCAGGUUUUUAGAAUUAUUUGCUCAGCAGUACCCACUGAAAAAACUGACUGUGCCUCAUCUAAGACUGACCUUGACUUUUGAGACAGAUUGGCCAGCAAAUUUGGUAGUUGAGAGGUUGACUAUCCAAGGAAAACUCAACUCCACCACUGUCGCCAAGAUCUGCGCAAUCCCAUGUCACAUCAAGGAGCUGACGUUUGAUUCUGUGUCAUAUCGCAAAGUCUACGCAAUCCUGAACAGCAUUGGGCACAGGGUCCAAGAGCUGCACUUUGUUCAGUUUACAACUCUCACUGAUGAGCCUGAUGAACAUGUCAACUUGUUCACUAUCAUUGCUGCUUGCCCCAACCUGGAGAAAUUCCGCUUCUUUUCAACAGCGGGGAAAUUGGAGACAGUGACCAAUUUUGAUUUGCCACUUGAGUACUUCAGAAACUGGAAGGCGUUUGAUAUAAACGACCCACGAGAUUUCGAGGACGUGAACGACGAGACAUUCAAUCAAGUGGACAAACUUCUGAAGCUGUUUCUGCUGGGGAAUAAGAGCCGCACCAGAACUCUGCACUUGCAUAACCUCACUCAGAUAAAAACUGUGGAACAAGUUUUGAAGGAAAACCCAGCCUGUUUGGAAGAUUUGGAGAAACUGACUAUUGAUUUUUCAAGGGAUGGAAUGCUGGAGACUGCUUUGAAAGUUUCAAAACAAAUAAUCUUCAUUUCUCCACGCUUGAAGAAGAUUAAACUGAAGCUGUUAUCACUUGACCCUCAUGCUAUUCCAAACAAAAUCAGGAAAUACUACGAUUGGUUUAAUGUACUGGUGAAAAGUGCUGGAGUUCGCUUUAAAUGCGUGUGUGAAAUGGAGAGUGGCAAAGAUGACAGUUCAUACGAACAAUUCACUGAUUUUGAAGACAGUGAUGACAGUUACGUCGAGGAUGAUGAUGAUGAUGAUGAUGAUGAUGAUUGGGAUGAUUAUGAUGGUGAGAACGAAGCCUUUUUCGGUUUUGAAGAUGGCAACGAAGAUGAUGAUGAUGAACUAGGAAUUGAGAUUCACAAUAAUCUCUUGGCGCAUCUCUUGAAUGCAGGGUUAGGACCUAAUGGGUAUUACUGAAUUAUCAGCUUAUGUUGCUGAUCUCCAAAUAUAAAUUUGUUCCUUACUCAAGAAUUGCCGCUAUUGUACUUAAACAUCAAAACCCAAUAAAUAUUUUUGCAUCAAAGCAAGACUCUUGUUACUCAUAAAAUUGAA